AUGUCCCGGUGUAAGACAGACUGUAUACAGAAACCUCUCUCGCGCGCAUUCUGCGGGCUUGGAACGCUGGUGGCAAGGUAUCCCUGGUGGUUCCUAGUCAUUCCUCUUGUUGUAUCUGCUGGGCUGGGAGCUGGCUUUUACUUUUUACCCCAGAGAGAAGCUAAUGACAUAGAAGACCACUUCACACCACUCGGAGGUCCAGCUAAAUCUGAACGAGAAUUUGUCAAGGUGCAUUUUCCAACCAAUGACUCAGGCCAGUUUUCUGCACAGCGACUGUAUACAGAAGGAUCAUUUGUCUCGCUCAUUGCUGUCAGUGUGUCCGAUAAUGUCCUGACUACAGACACAUUCACAGAGCUGCUGAGGCUGGAUGAGAUGGUGCAGAACCUGAACAUCACCAUGACACAACCUGGUGCUGAUGUCAGUCUCAAUUUCCAGCAGCUGUGUGCAGAAAUACCGGGGCAAAGAUGUUUUGAUGCCAAUCCACUCCUAUCCGCAGUGCAAGGUGACGCCAGUCUCAUAGAGACAAUGAAUAUAACUUACCCCAUGUUUCAGGGUAGAACAUUCCUUGGUACACACCUGGGUGGGGUGACACUGAACACAGACAACACUGUGCAGAAAGCCCAGGCAAUCAGGUUAGUGUAUUACCUGAGAGAGGACAAUGAGCAGGACCACGACAACAGCCUGAAAUGGAUCCAGCACUUUCUCCAAUCCGUCUCGCAGGAUAUAGACACAUUACAACUCAGACAUAUAAAGAUAUCCUAUUUCACAUCAGUAUCUCGCGACCAGGAAUUUGAUGGCACAACAACAGAUGUGAUUCCGCUUUUUUCUAUCACAUACAUUGUUACCAUAGUCUUCUCUAUCAUUUCAUGUGUAAGACUUGAUUGUGUGAGAAAUAAAUUCUGGGUUGCUGGUUUCGGAGUCCUUUCUUCCGGAUUAGCCGUUCUCUCUAGUUUUGGGCUGUUGUUAAUGUGCGGAGUGCCCUUUGUUAUUACAGUAGCAACUGCUCCAUUUCUUAUUCUGGGCAUUGGAGUGGAUGACAUGUUCAUUAUGAUUUCCAGCUGGCAACAAACUAAAGUAAAGAGUAAAGUGGAAGAAAGAAUGGCUGAGACAUACACUGAAGCCGCUGUCUCGAUAACAAUUACAACACUCACAGAUGUUCUAGCCCUCUACAUUGGAAUUAUGACGCCUUUUCAAUCAGUGAAGUCAUUUUGCAUUUAUGCUGGAACUUCUCUAUUAUUCUGUUUCCUGUAUAACAUCACUUUCUUUGGGGCAUUUUUAGCCCUUAAUGGUAGAAGGGAAGAGAGUAAUAGGCAUUGGCUGAUUUGUAGAACGGUAAAGGACCAAACAGAUGAUCAUCGUUCUUGUUCAUAUAACCUGUGUUGUGUUGGGGGGAAAUACAGCCAGAUCACUGGUAAAGAGGGUAACCAUCCAGUUGUUGAAUUUUUCCAUGAGCAAUAUGGUCCAUUCAUCACAAACAAGUGGGUCAAGUGCUUGGUGCUAGGUCUGUAUGGUGGAUAUCUGGCCAGCAGUAUAUAUGGCUGUUUCCAAGUGCAGGAAGGAAUCGACCUACGGAAUUUGGCUACUGACAACUCAUAUAUUCGUUCCUUCUAUGACAAUCAAGAAUUAUAUUUUUCACAGUAUGGUCCCAGAGUUAUGGUUGUUGUUAGAGAAGAGAUUUCAUACUGGGAUUCAGAUGUAUAUCUUAAAAUUGACAGGUGUAUAGAGUCACUUAAAGAUGGCUCCUCUGUUAGUGAGUCCCUCUCAGAGUCAUGGUUGGAUGUAUACAUAGGCAUUGCUAAUCUACUUAAACUUGACAUUAAUGAUAAAAAUUAUUUUAUUGGAAACUUGUCACAACUAUUUACAUUAGCUCCUGAUUAUGGACAAGAUGUGGACAUUUACUCAGGGUCUAUACGAGCCUCUCGUUUCUUCAUCCAGACUGUGAAUGUUACUUCUGCAGUGGCUGAGAAAGACAUGCUAAACCAUGUCCGGAGCACAGUGAUCAGCUGUGACAUCCCAGUCCUUGUAUACCAUCCAGCCUUUAUAUACUUUGACCAAUAUGCUGUAAUAACCCAGAACACCAUUCAGAAUGUUGUGGUUGCAGCAGCUGCCAUGUUUGUGGUCUCAAUACUGCUAAUUCCAAAUCCUCUAUGUUCCCUGUGGGUGACUUUCACCAUAGCUUCUAUUAUAGUUGGUGUCACCGGCUUUAUGGCUUUCUGGAAUGUUAACUUAGAUUCAAUCUCUAUGAUCAACCUUGUUAUCUGCAUUGGGUUCUCUGUUGACUUCUCAGCGCACAUUUCAUAUGCCUAUGUGUCUAGCCAGAAGUCCACAGUCAAUGAGAGGAUGACCAAUGCUUUACACUCUCUUGGUUAUCCUAUAGUGCAGGGUGCUCUGUCCACCAUCCUUGGGGUCAUCGCUCUUUCCACAUCAGCGAGUUACAUCUUUAGAACUUUUUUUAAGAUCAUAUUCCUUGUUAUUACAUUUGGAAUCCUGCAUGGACUGGUUUUUCUUCCAGUUUUUCUAACCUUGUUUGGAAACUGUGGCAGAAAUCGCAAUGAUGCCACUUCUAGAGGCAAGAUGUCUUCUGGUAUCGGAGAAAAUCCAAACAGUGAUGGUAAUUUAGAAGGUGACAUGGAAGAACAAUACUAUAAUAAACAUGGCAAAGUAGUGGAAACUUUUUCAAAUAAAAUGUUUUCUCCAGAUGCUAUCUGUCCAUAAAUUCUGCUCAUAUAAAGUAGAACAUUUGCACCUUUAAGUUUUAACUAGCAUUUUCAAUCACAAGAUUGUAUCAACCUUUUCUAUAUGACAUAACAGCACUAUCUGUAAAUAUAUUUUAUUUACUCUUGAUCAUGUUAGGACAUAUUCAGAGUGUUUGCUUACUAGGAUUAAUACUACAUAAAUAAUCUGGGAAAUGAAAGUAGUUUUCCAUACUGUAGAUAAUAAAUUUUAAUAGAACUAAAUUGCACUUAACAUGCUUAUUAUGUGUACACAGUGAUGGCACAUGUACAAAUAAUUACUGUAUAUAUCCAUCUUCUUUGUAAGAUGCACACAAAAAUAAAUAGAUAUUUAAACAGACUUUCAGUUGUCAAGAAGUUUAUAGUGAUUUUUUUUUUUAAUAGAGUAAUUUUUAUUUCGUCGGAGAACGGUUUGAUUCCAGAAAAUACAUAACAUUGACAAAACAUGUACAUUAAGGCAAGAUAACA